GGCCUUCCUUCUUCCUACGCCAUUUUGAUACUUCUCAAGUGUUUUUCUUAUUAGCCGGGAUUGUUAUACUGUUUUGGUAGUUUUUGAUAGCACCUUUCAGUGAUUUAAUCGAAAGUGAACGUAUAGUGCAUCAUUCAUAAUCGCAUUCAUCGAUUAACUAGUUGAAAGUUAUCAUGGCGAAUCGAAGAAUGGGCGGUAUGGGCGGCGGCCUUCGGGGCAAUCGCUCCCAGCAGUCCUUUGGAGGCGGCGGGGUCAACCCCUGGCAGGGGGGCAUGUCUUCGGGCAUGUCCCAUAAUUCCAUGGGACAGGGCCUACUUUCCCAAUUAACUUCCAACCCUCAGCAACUUGCUCUCGCUCUCACGAGCUUGCUUCAACCUCAGCAACAACAUCCGCCGUCAUUACUUUCUUUGAAUACGUCUCCUGCUUUUUCUAAUCAGACCAGAGAUUUCAAUCGGUUUGGUCCUAACAACCGAGGCCGUGAUUUCAGGCGACAUGAGCCUUACAACAAGAACCAGAAUCGCAAUUCGGGCAACCAACACAACCGCAACAAUGACAGACGCCGUUCUGGCAACAACCAGAACAAGCGCGACGACAAGAAGAGCGACGCCAAGAAAGAGGAAAAGAAAGAGGUGAAGAAGGAGAAGGUGGACGUGUCCAUAGACGACGCGAACGAGGAAAGCGGCGACACGAAGAGGGACUGGAAGGACGAGAAGAACAACGCCGAGGAGAAGAAGGAGGAGGGUGGGGAGAAGGAGAAGAAGGGCGGCAAGGACAAGUCGGGGCCCUAUUUCGACAUUCCGGCCAAGUUUCUGCGGUGCUUCGUGUGCAACAAGGUCAUGUGGGACGGGGAGUCCAUGCAGAAGCACGUUAGAGGGCGCGCGCACAAGGAGAUGUUAGGCACAUUGGAGGAAAGCGUCCACAUCACGGUAAACAUCCUGCGCGAGAACAUGCGCCUGAUGGAGGAGCGCAAGGUGAUUGAAAUGCAGCGUGUGCAGCGCGGUGCCAAGCGGUUCAAGCCUUCCAACGAGAUUGAGAGCAGCUGCAACAUGUGCGAUUUGAAGUUUUACGGCAAAAUCCUCAGCCAUCGCAGGGACUUCACAGCAUUCCUCAGUGAUGACAAGCGAGUCGUCAUUGGCUUGACCAAGCCUGAAAUGCGCAAGUCUGUGUGUGGUGAUAUAUGUGCACUGCUCUGGCAAAAAAUAAACCUUGUGGACACCAACAUCAAGCGUUCCGACACUAAAAAUGAAGGGCACCAACGUCUGAAGCGUUACUUGCAUCCGGUGUGCAGGAUGUGCGACAAAGAGUUUCCCUCCAGGAUGGAGUGGAUCGAGCACUGUCUGACGCCCGAACAUUUGAGGAAAUUGAACGAGGUGCUCAAUGCGAAAACAGGAAGUGCAGAUGGCGACAUAAUCCUCACCGAGGACGACAACGAGCUCAACCUCGAGCCGCUGCUCGAAGAAUCGCUGCAAGUUGAAAUCGAGAAUCCCGUGUUGGAACUCACCGACGACCUCAACGGCCUGCAGAACCUGAUGCCCGCCUACAAACCGGACAGGGCCAUAUCGACGCAGAGCCUUAAACCUUUUACCGGGUUCAGGUGCGAGUUGUGCAACAGGAGUUUCGAGAGGGAGGAACUGGGGCAGAGACAUCUUAAAACGAAAUUGCACUAUUACCAGUUCAUCGGAGCUUGUAAAAAGGCGUUGAAGGACCGACAGAGGAAAGAGAGGGAGGAGAAAGAGGCGAAAAAGUCGGGCGACGCGAAAAAACAGAAUGAAAGCCAGGAUUCACAGGCUGAAGGGGAAGCUGACGGCGACCAAGAGAUGUACGAUCCGGAAGAGGCGACCGCCGAGGAGGAAUCCUCCGUGAUGGAGGUGUCCCAAGAAGAUGAGGAAGGCGGCGACCCGUCGGUCAUCAACAACGCCGACCUCAUCGAGAUGGUGGAUGAGGAGGAGGAAGAGGAGGAAGGCGCAGGGGCGGCGGAGGGAGAGAAGGCCGUCGAGGAGGAGGAGGAGGCGGUUGUGGAAGAGGAGGAGGAAGAGGCGGUUGUGGAGGCGCCGCCGCCGCCGCAGAUCAAGCCGGAGCCGGUGAAGAAGGAGGCGGUCAAGAAGGAGGUGGGCAAGCCGACGCAGACGUCGACGCCUCAGCGGCAGACGGCGACGCGGGCGGCGGCCGCCGGGGCGGUGCGUAACGGCGCCGGGCCCAAGAGCAAGAAGGUGGCGGCGCGCAAGCAGUAAGAGACGGGGGGAAACCGCCUCCGGUGCGACUGGUGUGAGAAAAUCGGAAUCGCUUUACACUUUCGCAAUUUUACAUGGUGUGUUUGCUGCAAUUUUCACUGGUAAUAAAUACCAUUUGACGUUAGGGUUGAAAUAAGGCAUGACUUUAUAUGAAAAAAAGUAAAAAAGCCAGACUUUCUUAGUUGUUUAUUUUGUUGAACCGUUUUCAGUACGAUAAUAUGAAUUCUAGCGUUUUUCUUGUGUAAGUUAUGAUGUCACCAAAUAAUACUGUUCAUUCCUGUUAUGAACCGUUUCACCCACAAAAACGAGUGAAAGACUAGGAAAACAAUGGGAAAACGUUGAGGUUUUGAGGUUAUGGAUGUUUUGUGGUAUUGUUUUGGCUGAAUAUUUGGUCAAGAUCAAUUAAAACUUAACACUGGUGAUUCCAUUACAAUUACAUUUCACACUCCUCAGAGCAAUUCGUCAAUUUGAAAAGUUAUGUGUGUGCAAGUCCAAAAUUUUCUGAUUACCUGAUCUGGAUUGAAAUCCAAUAUUUAAUGUGAAGUUUAAUUAAUGUGUGUGAGAAAUAUCAUGCUCUUUCAUCUCUACGCCGGUAUAGAGGCCGGCUGAUGACGGAUUCAUUGGAUAAGGGGGCCAUACUUGAAGUCAAACGUGCUCCAUUAUGUCUACGCCGGUAGCCAGGCCGGAUCAGCAACGGAUUUGGCUGGAUAAGAAGAGUAUAUACGAUCGAAUCUUAUGAACACUGAUAGGCAAUCGGUGUUUUAUGUUGCGAGUCUGAGUGAUAAUGUUAUUACAUAACCAAGUAUUUAUUCUUGAAAAAAAUUAAUUAUUUGAUCUGGAGAAAUUCCUACCGUAAGGAGACAGAACUCCAAUAAACUAAAAGAGAGGAAGAGAUCAAUUACUACGUCACGCUUGAAAACGGUGCAAAAUCAAUCUAGAACACUGUUCAACAAGAAGAAACAACUUUGAAUUAAUUCGGACUUUUUUUUUAAUCAAUUCACAAAAUCAAAUUCCAUCUACCU